CUUCUAUCAAUUUUGUACAUGGAUCUCAUGUUACAAAUGGUUAUAAUAGGUCAUGUGGCCGCAGCGUCCUUUUAGUUAUAAAAUCAUAAGUAUAAUUUAUUGGGAAACGUCAAACGAACGCAAUUUUUAUUUUCAACUACUAAAAAUAUGAUCGUUGCAAUUCAGAGUAAGGUUUGACUAAGACAAUUUCCGGGCCGAGCGCUGCUGCUAGGACAGGUUCCCUCAACCAAUUUAGCCUAUUAUAAUUCCUGAGGUACGCUCGGCCUUCGACGCAGUGCUCACCUUAGGGGGAAUUAUUAGUAGGCUGAACUGGUUGAGGGAACUCGAGGUCACUUGUAAGAUAAUAUUUUAUUUCACGAACAAUAUUUUCAGAAUUUUCAUCUGUAUGUACUUGUGAAUGAAUUGAUAGGAAUAAAAACCAAAGACUGAAUAAUGGCUAACCUUCCUAGACGUAUUAUUAAGGAAACUCAGCGUCUGAUGCAGGAACCCGUUCCUGGGAUAUCCGCUGUUCCUGAUGACGGGAACGCAAGAUAUUUUCACGUUGUGGUCGCAGGUCCAGACGGUAGUCCAUUCGAGGUUCGGUUUAUAACAAGGAUCUAUCAUCCUAAUAUUGACAAGCUCGGCAGAAUCUGUCUUGAUAUUCUCAAAGAUAAAUGGAGUCCAGCACUUCAGAUCCGCACCGUUCUACUCUCAAUCCAGGCUCUACUCUCUGCCCCUAACCCUGAUGAUCCUUUAGCUAACGAUGUUGCUGAACUAUGGAAGAUAAAUGAGCCGGAAGCCCUGAAGAAUGCUCGAGAUUGGACCAGGAAACACGCAAUGGGAAAUUAAACAAUUUUUUCGCCAUAAUAUUAAUGAUGUAAAUCAUUCUUAAUAUUAUACUCCAUAAACUAAUAUUAAUGUUAAUAUAACAAUGCUUUCGCAGUAUCAGUUUCUACUUUGUGUAGAAAAUUAAACAUAUUCUACACAAGGUUUAUUAAACUUCAGUUUUAAAUUGUGAUAAAUAUGCUUUUUACUUGUAUUCCCUUGGAUUCCUCCUCAACAGUUUACAUCAUCUGUUUUAUGUAAACCCUAAGUCGACAUUGUUUCAAGAAUAGAAAGGAAAUAAAUCUUAUAAAAAUA